AUGGAGGGACAACCUGAGACAGGACUACUCGCCGGUGAAAAAUGGAGCGACCUGCCAGUAGGCCAAAAUCCCAUGGACUACUCGCUGGCGGCGCUGAAGCUGUUGGCCUCGCAGCUGGAGGGCUCCACCUCCUUCGAGGGCUCCUCCCCGGCGCAGAUGCUAUUGGUGCCGUCUUAUUCCAUUAGUAGAAAAUGGGUCAUUUGUCCCGCCUUUGCCCUGACGGCUCGCUGCGGCAGGCAAGGCGGGGUGGUGCGCGCGGACUGCACCAUCGGCGACGCGAGGUUGUUCGUGGAUGACGGCGCCUCCUCCGUCACCGAGCUCAUGCUCCGACCCGAGGAUGCCAAGGGCCCGUGGCGCCCAGGGAUGUAUGGGCUGAUUAUUGGGGCAUAUAUUGCAGACUGGGAAAGUCUGCCGAUGGUCAAGGUGCACAAGAUAGUGGAUCUCUCUGCGCAGCCGGACCGUGAAGCGAUGUGGUACAUGGAAGUGGCCGAGGCAUACAACUUCUUCAACAAGGCUGUCGCCUCUCGUGCCGGCUCACCGCCAUGA